AUGAUCUGCCUCGACUUCAUCCACAUCGAAUCCCGAUCCCUCGUCUCCCUCUUCCUCUCCAUCCUCCUCCUCCCCCUCAAAAUAAUCCUCACCCUCACCUCCUCCAUCCUCUUCCUCACCAGCCCCCUCCUCACCCCCCUCAUCCUCCUCCUCCUCAUCCUCCUCCUCGUGCCCUAUGCCCUGUGGCUCGUCCUCUUCCUCGUCGAAAACAUCGCCAGCCUCUCCCGCCACCUCGCCCGCCUCCUCACCCUCCCCUUCAAGCUCCUCUGGGAGCCGUUCGGCUGGCUGAUCAACAUGAUAACCGAGAGCGCAAGAGCGCAACAGGAGCGUAACGUCCACUGGAGGCGGAGGGGGAGGGCUCCGGGGCCGCAAGGAGGGCGCGCAAAGAGGGUUUCGGUUUGGGAGGGGAGGAACGAAGACGACGAAGCCGACGACGACGACGGCUGCAACGAUGAGUACGUCGACUACUAUCAGAGGGAGUACACAUAUGGUGAGUGGGGGUCGCAGGUGGGGGAUCCGCUGAGGGGUCCGGGGGCGAGGGAGCGGUACAUGACGGGGCGUAGGGCGAGGUACUUUGUUUGA